CAUCUCUCUCUUUGUUUUCUUUCUGUCUCUUUAUAUCUGAAGCCUUAGGAGCAAUUUUAUAAAUCUAAUGCAAUGAUAUUAUGGAAUCAAAAUCCAGAUCUAGAGCCAGAUCAAAAAUAAUUUCAGAUUUGUUCUUGUUUGGUCCUCUUAUUGAACUCCAGCCAAUCAAUGGCAAUAAAGAGGUUUUUAUUAUCCAGUUGUUGUUCAGUUGAUCUCUUUUUAUUACUCAUCUACUUUAUAUCUUUGUUGGCAGGGGCAAGAAGAGAUCUGGAAACCUGAUGGGCUUGUGGAGGGGAGCUUACAUCAUAACACUCUAAAUUCAUGCUUAGAUUAACGGAAUGAAUAAGAUACAAACCACAAGGCUGCUGAUUACAGAUCGAUAUCAUUGAAUGCAGAGUUUCAACAAUUGAAUGAUACAUGUGAACAAGCCAAUCAAUCAACUGUACCCCACUACACCACAGCACCACAAAUAAAGAGAUGAGAAGAUCUGAAGUUGAUCAAUCCAAUAUUUGUGGACUUUGAAGUUGCAGAGAUAGGUUAAUAAUCUGCCCGGCCAAGCAUUGUUUCUCAUGGAGAAGAUUCGUUGCAUCUCCACAACUUAUAUCCAACCCAAAAGCCACACAGAUCUGUGUACCAGAAUUGAGUUAUCUCCAUCUGAUGUUCUAUUACUCCCAGCAGGUCCCAUCCAAAAAGGCCUUUUCUUCCGCAAAUCCCAACCCGAUCACGAAGAGGACCUCAACGACGAGCAGAACCUGAAGCUGAUUGAGCACCUGAAAGCCUCCUUCUCACGCGCGUUGGACAUCUUCCACCCACUUGCUGGCCGGCUCGCCGUCACGGAAAAUGAGGACGACAACACCAUCUCAUUCUCCUUUGACUGCAAUGGCGCCGGAGCCGAAUUUGUCCAUGCAGCCGCGGAUGGUGUCACAGUCGCAGAUAUCCUCGACCCUGUUUAUGUUCCGGAUCACAUCGUGUACUCUCUCUUUUUGAUGAAUGGGGUUGCAAACUACGAAGGCACAUCCAAACCCUUGCUUGCAGUUCAGGUAACCGAGCUCAUUGAUGGCAUUUUCAUUGGUUUGACUAUGAACCAUUCUGUUUGUGAUGGUACAUGCUUCUGGAAAUUCUUCAACACUUGGUCCGAAAUCUCUCGAUCGGGAACUUCUACCAUGGCGAAGCCCAUUUUCAGCCGUGAAUUUCUUGGAGGAAUUAUCCCUCUCCCAAUCCGAAUUCCCUUCUUUCAAUAUCAAAAUCCAAAAGAUAAAUUAGUGCUACCAACAGAACAAUUACAGCAGAGAGUCUUCCAUUUCAGCAAGGUUAGGAUUGCGGAGCUAAAAUCCAAAGCCAAUGCACAGAUGGGAACUACCAAGAUAUCUUCCCUCCAAGCACUCAUGGGCCAUCUUUGGGCAUCCAUAACCCGAACCCGACAACUUAUUUCCAGUACUGCUGACGAUGAAGAAAUAACUAAGUACGUGGUAAUAGUAGGCUUGAGACAAAGACUGGUGCACCCUUCAUUGUCGGAUCAUUACCUUGGAAAUGCGGUACUAAUUGGCACCGCAACAUCCACUGUAAGGGAACUGCUUGAAGGUGGCCUAGGCUGCGCCGCUGUAGAACUGAACAGGAUGAUAGCCUUGCAGACGGAACAAGAAGCGAUGAAAUUCUUGAAGGGCUUUGUUGAGAAUCCUAGUAUGCUAAAAAGAAGUGAUGUGGCUAGUAAAUAUUCGUUGACUACGGGAAGCUCGCCUCGGUUUAAUGUGUAUGGCAAUGACUUUGGUUGGGGAAAGCCGGUGGCGGUUCGAAGCGGCUCCGGUAACAAAUUCGAUGGGAAGUUGACUGUGUUUGCUGGGGCGGAAGAAGGAAGUAUAACUUUUGAGGUGUGCCUUUCGAGUCAGACUCUACAAGCUUUGGCGGAGGAUGCAGAGUUUAUGGAGAGUGUGGCAGUGUAAGUUUUUUACUGGUUACUGUUAAUUGAGUAAUUGUGUGAUUUGCUGGAGGAUGCAGAGUUCAUGGAGAGUGUGGCAGUGUAAGUUUUUUUACUGGUAGUUAAUUGAGUAAUUGUGUGAUUUGUGUCAACACAGUUCGACGAUAUUCCAAAUUUCCAUUCGGAAAAAAGGUAGUUCGGCGA